CCUUCCACACUGGGUCUCAAGGAGAGUAAGCCUACGCCCUAGCGUCUCCGCGGCGGGCUCCGCGUCACAGGAACUUCAGCACCCACGGGGCGGACAGCGCUCUCCUCCACCUGAAGACAAGACUCCCAGCGCCCAGAACCCUUUCUAGUCUCUUUAACUCGCUAGCGGCGUCAAGCCCCUCCCCGGGCUGGGUUCCCAUCACUCUUCGACUCCCUGCACCCGCCUUCCUAGCUCUUCCUGUUUUUUACUCUUCUUUUUCAUUCAUAACAAAAGACACCGCUCCGGGAGCCCGGCGCCAGGCUGUUUCCGAGCCAAGAGUGGAAGAAUGGGGUUCCUUUGGACCGGCGCUUGGAUUCUGGUGUUAGUGGUCCACAGCAGCCCAAUUCAAGCUUUCCCCACACCGGAAGGCAGCCAAGACAAACCUGUACACAAUAAAGAAUUAAGUGCAGAAAGACCUUUAAAUGAACAGAUUGCUGAAGCAGAAGCAGACAAGAUUAAAAACAUAUACUCUCCAGCUUUUCUUUCAGAAAACAAGCCAGGUGAAAGCAAUUAUUCCUUUGUUGAUAACUUGAACCUGCUAAAGGCAAUAACAGAAAAGGAAAAAAAUGAGAAAGAAAGACAAUCUGUAAGAAACUCUCCAUAUGAUAAUAAAUUGAACAUGGAAGAUGUUGAUUCAACCAAAAAUCGAAGAUUAAUUGAUGAUUAUGAUUCUACUAAGAGUGGCCUGAAUCAUAAAAUUCAAGAUGAUCCAGAUGGCCUUCAUCAGCUAGAUGGAACUCCUUUAACCGCUGAAGACAUUGUCCAGAAAAUCGCCACCAGGAUUUAUGAGGAAAAUGACAGAGGAGUAUUUGACAAGAUCGUUUCUAAACUCCUGAAUCUUGGCCUAAUCACAGAAAGCCAGGCUCAUACACUGGAAGAUGAAGUAGCAGAGGUUUUACAAAAAUUAAUCUCUAAGGAAGCCAACAGUUAUAAAGAGAAACCCAAUAAACCCACAAGCAAGACUGAGAGUCAGAGUGGAAAAAUACCAGAGAAAGUGAUUCCAAUGGCAGCAGUUCAAGAUGGUUUUGCUAAUGGAGAAAAUGAUGAAACAGUAUCUAAUACCUUAACCUUGACAAAUGGCUUAGAAAGAAGAACGGAAACCUACAGUGAAGAUAACUUUGAGGAACUCCAAUAUUUUCCAAACUUCUAUGCACUCCUGAAAAGUAUUGAUUCAGAAAAAGAGGCAAAAGAAAAAGAAACACUGAUUACUAUCAUGAAAACACUGAUUGACUUUGUGAAGAUGAUGGUCAAAUAUGGCACAAUAUCUCCAGAAGAAGGUGUUUCAUACCUUGAAAACUUGGAUGAAACAAUUGCUCUUCAGACCAAGAACAAGCUAGAAAAAAAUGUUACUGACAACAAAAGCAAGCUUUUCUCAGCGCCAUCAAUGAAGGGUCAUGAAGAAACAGACAGUACCAAGGAAGAAGCAGCUAAGAUGGAAAAGGAAUAUGGAACCUUGAAGGAUUCCACAAAAGAUGAUAAUCCCAGAGGAAAAACAGAUGAGCCAAAAGGGAAAACAGAAGCCUAUUUGGAAGCCAUCAGAAAAAAUAUUGAAUGGCUGAAGAAACACAACACAAAAGGAAAUAAAGAAGAUUAUGACCUUUCGAAGAUGAAGGACUUCAUCAACCAACAAACGGAAGCUUAUGUGGAGAAAGGCAUCCUUGAUAAAGAAGAGGCCGAUGCCAUUAGGCGUAUUUACAGCAGCCUGUAAAAAUGGCAAAGUGGUCCAGGAGUCUUUCCACUGUUUCAGAAGAUAUAAUAUAGCUUAAAACUCUCCUAAUUCUGUGAUUGAAGUUAUUUUGACCCAAGGAGUGUAAGGAAGUGCUGGAUUUAUAGUAGAUAACCUUUUAGAAGUGGUUAAGACAUAGCUUUCUUGCCAUAAAAACUAUCUGAAAAGUAACAGUGUGAGCUGAGAUUUUGUACAUAGAAUCCUUACUUCCUUGUAAAUUUACAUUUUAUAAUCAGAGAUGGGUUGCUUUGGAAAAGCCUGUGAUGGACUGACCUUAGAACUGAACCUUUUUCCUUCUGUGUCACACAUAUGAGCAGCCCCUGAGGAAGUGGGGGUUCUGUUUUCAAGGCAUGCUGGUUACCAAAGCACCUCAUAGCAUAUCUGUUACAUGUUCUUCUCACUCCCAGUUCCCUUUUGGUUGAAAUAAACUUACAUUUCUUCAAAGCCUCUAAAGC